CGAGGUGACGGCGGGAGCGGGCGGGCGCGCGGGAACCGACAGAGCCGAGGCGGCGCCGCAGCCCCCGCCGGGCCGACGCGCGAGGCGAGAGCCGAGCUCCGCGCAGCCCCUGCUCCGCGCGCGCCGCGCCGCGCUCCUUCCCAGCCGGCGGCCGAAGGACUCCACGAGAGUUUGCUCCGGAGCGCGGGGAAGUUUCCUGCAGAAGCCCCGCUCCUGGAAAAGCAGGACCUGCGGCGCUCGCUCGCCUCCGCUCCCCUCCGUCCUCGCGAGGUUAUUUCAUGGGACAAGCACUUAAAAGAACGAGAAAGUAUUGAAGCUCUAUGGAAGACAAAUCAUGUGGUCUUCAGAACUGAGGAGAAAUGCAGCCAUCUGAAAUGGUCAUGAAUCCCAAACAAGUCUUCCUCUCGGUUCUGAUAUUUGGAGUGGCAGGGCUACUCCUCUUCAUGUAUUUGCAAAUCUGGAUUGAAGAACAACACACAGGAAGAGUGGAGAAGAAAAAAGAACAAAAAGCAACUUCAGGAUGGGGGCCAGUAAAUUACUUGCAGCCUGCACCCAGAUUCAUGACUAGAGGAAAAAUCCAGGAACAUAUCAACGACCAGAAUUUCAAGUUCCACAUGCUCAAGGAUCCCACGGAAAAAAAGGAAAAUCUUCUACUUAACUCUGAGAGGUCUACUAGGGUCCUAACAGAGACCAGUCACUCACAAGGAGAGGGUCCACCUUUAGGGAAGGCCACAGAGCCACCAACGAUUAAGUUGAUUGAAAAACAUCAAGGAACUAAGACCCUUUUCAAGAAGUUCAGAGAAAUGAGUUGGCCAUUGGACAUUCGCCCUUUAAACAAAAGUUUAGUCAAAGACAACAAAUGGAAGGGGACUGAUGCAACCCAAGAGAAACGUAGGUCUUUCCUUCAGGAGUCUUGCAAGAAAUAUGGUGGAGUGAGUCAUCCUCAAUCACAUCUUUUUCACAUGGUAUCCAGGAUCUAUGUGGAAGAUAAACACAAAAUCUUAUAUUGUGAAGUACCAAAGGCUGGCUGUUCCAACUGGAAAAGAGUUCUGAUGGUAUUAAAUGGAUUGGCUCCCUCGGCAUACAACAUUUCCCAUGAUGCUGUUCAUUACGGGAAGCACUUGAAAAAGCUAGACAGCUUUGACUUAAAAGGGAUAUAUACUCGUUUGAAUACCUACACCAAAGCUGUGUUUGUUCGUGACCCCAUGGAAAGAUUAGUGUCAGCAUUCAGGGACAAAUUUGAACACCCCAAUAGUUAUUACCAUCCAGUAUUUGGGAAAGCGAUUAUAAAGAAAUAUCGGCCAAAUGCCUGUGAAAAAGCACUAAAUAAUGGAUCGGGAGUCAAAUUCAAAGAGUUUGUCCACUACUUGCUGGAUUCCCACCGUCCAGUAGGCAUGGACAUUCACUGGGAAAAGGUGAGCAAACUCUGCUAUCCAUGUUUGAUCAACUAUGAUUUUGUUGGGAAAUUUGAAACUUUGGAAGAAGAUGCUAAUUACUUCUUACAGCUGAUUGGUGCUCCAAAAGAGCUGAAAUUUCCAAACUUUAAGGACAGGCACUCUUCUGAUGAAAGAACCAACGCUCAGGUCGUGAGACAAUAUUUAAAGGAUCUGACUAGAACUGAGAGACAAUUAAUCUAUGACUUUUAUUACUUGGACUAUUUGAUGUUUAAUUAUACAACUCCAUUUUUGUAGUUUGCAUUCAUUUUCUAAAACACUGUAUUUACUUCAUGAUGAUGGCCUUGAAUCAGCUGACUGUAAUUUUCCUCUAAUUCUCUGCAUGAGAGAAAUUUAACUAAAUGCAGUUGUCUUGACUUAAUGAAGGCUUUUACCAAAUAGUAUGACACCAAUUGGCACAAAGUUAUAGGAAAAUUACCUAACAGAGACAUGUAAACAACUUGAGUUGCUCUAAAGUGUUUGGAAAAGAGCUGCUUUUGUAUUAUGGAUUAUAUUAUAGAAGCAAUAACCUAGCCAGCUGCUACAUUAGUUCCAACAGCCUCUCACAAUGAUAGGAAAAGGGAUCUAAAAUAGCAUGAGUGAAUGUCUACAUCCUAGAAUCUGUUGCGUAAAGUGCAUGGAUAUAUUUUUAGCAGUCUGUGGCACAUUAAUCAAAUAUUGGAUAGUUGUUUUACACCCUGGAAAUCUUUCUAUCAGCCACAAUGAUAAAUCAAUUUUGAAAUGAUAUUUUGGACCUGGGCAUUUUACUUUAGGUUGGAGGGCAUUAUGUGACUUAUAGUAUGAGAAUAUAGGAGAAAAACCAGAUGAGGUUAUGGCUUUUUAUAUUCAACAGCCAAUAAAAAAUGCACAACAUGCUAAGAUCAAAGCAACAAAAACAACCUUCCUCUUCCAGAAAAACUUAAGGGAAUUGAUUCUGUUCUCAUUUGAGCCCUCUAUGCAGAGACAAAUGAACACAACCAAUAAAGGUCUUUACUUCUGAAGCAGGCAGUUGAGAAGUUUAAGCCUCAUCAGAUAUGUGCUCCUAAUUCUGGUUUAAUUGGGCAGAGGCGGGGGAUUGUUUCACGACGGAAUAACCAUCACAAAGUUUUAUGAG